AUGUCUCGUGCUAAAGAGAUCCAGGAGAAGCUCGGCCUCCAGGCUAGUUUGCAGACAGCGUUCAACGAUUCGAAAUUAAAAGCUUUUGAAUGGCUUGAGGAUGAUUUGAGUAAAGACUGUAGCGAAGAUUUAACAUCUUCGAAGUCUUUGUUUCACCAACUUCCAGUAAUUGGCCUAGGUGCGGGUUUGAGCUUUGAUCAGACGCCCAGCAAUAACAAUGAUGCGAAAGAAGACAUUUCGACCAUAGGCGAGUUUAUCAACAGCGACAAGAAAGUCUCAUCGCUGGCAAAGAAAAAGAAGCGGAAAAUGGCAAAUGGGCAAGAGCCGACGCAGAGAAGCGUUAACAGUGUACAUGAAAUCAGUGCUGGUGAUACGCGAGCGAUGAUAGCUUUGAAGAGAAAGAUCAAAAAUAGCCAUCGUGGUGAGCUGCGAAGCAAGCUUGGCCACCAGCGAGACGUCUCGGGAGAAGUUCAACCUAUAAAACGUAAUACUAGCUCUGACAGUGAAGAUGAAGAUGAACCUCGCGUUGAAAAGACUACCAAGAAGUCAUUUGGGCUACUAUUUCAGGGCAAGAGAAAGAAGAGGUGA